AUUAGUUUUGAGAAGGAGAACAACAUAAGACGAAGGAUGAAAAGAUGAAGUAAUGAUGAUGCUUUUGUAAAUUAUUUUCAAUCUUUGAUUGCAUUGGAACAAUCAUCUUCACAUCAUUAUACUCAUAAUCAUCAUAUCCAUCAAAAUCUCAAGUAACUGCAAUUUAAUCACUGUGAUUCUAUGAUAGCCACCAUGACAACAAUUCUCUCAAAGCUCACCAGACUAAAAUUAAUUUUAAUUUGACUGCCAAAAUUGAUUGACUAACGUGAAAAAUUGUACUCAUUGAAUAUUUGUUUACAUUUUUUUAAUUCUACUCUUCUUUUGUUCCUGCUCAACUCAACUCAAUUAGGAAACAAAUGUAAAAGAUAGCCAAACGGAAACCCCUUUUCUAAUGCUCAACCAUCUAAUGAGUAUGGCUGUUAACUGAUUCUUUGACUUAAUUGGCUUCACUGUCAACAAUUUAAUAAACAAUGCCGGGUAAAGUUAAAGUGCGAAUCAUAGCAGGUCGUAACCUACCUGUUAUGGAUAAAUCAUCAGAUACCUCGGAUGCUUUCGUUGAGGUCAAACUGGGGAAUACAACGUACAAGACAGAGGUUUAUCGUCACUCAUUAAACCCUUGUUGGAACUCAGAUUGCUUCAGAUUCGAAGUUGACGAUGAAGAACUUCAAGAUGAACCACUGCAAAUUCGCAUAAUGGAUUAUGAUACAUACUCUGCCAAUGAUGCCAUUGGUAAGGUCUAUAUUGAUUUGAAUCCAUUGCUUCAUAAAGACUCAGUUCAUGCAAUGUGGGGCUGGUUUCCAAUCUAUGACACUAUGCACGGUAUUCGUGGGGAAGUUCAUUGUGCGGUUAAAGUAGAUCUUUUCUCGGAUUCCAAUCGUUAUCGUCAAUCAUCUUGUGGGGUUCGCUUCUUCUACUCUCCUGGUGUACCCCAUGGCUAUGUUUGCUCAGCAAUUCUUGGAUUUGUUGAAGAAUUGGUUGUUAAUGACGAUCCAGAAUACCAAUGGAUUGACAAAAUUCGUACACCAAGAGCCAGUAAUGAAGCAAGGCAAACUCUUUUCUCUAAGUUAUCUGGUGAGGUAAAAAGAAAAAUUGGACUUAAAGCUCUUGAACUUGGUGGUAACUCAGUUGUUGGAUAUCAACAAUAUUUUGACCUUGAAGGCGAAUCUGGUAUCGUUGUCAGAGGAAUUGGAACUGCUGUUGUUUUGUCCAAGGUUGAUAAUAAUGCCGUAUUACGACAUGUACCGCACGGACGGAAUUCUCAUCUUGGUUUACCAACCCAAGCUCAAACUCAAUCAUCAGCUUUAAACGAAGAGUUACCAUCAUCUCUACCAUCUUCCAAUGCACCAGUGACCACCCCGAUGAUUAAUCAGACAAACCAUGGCUCGUCUAUUAACAUAAUAACCAACAGCUAUGCUACAAUCCCUGGCGGUUAUGCACCUAACACCAAUAAUGCCACUAAGGAUUCAAUGCCCGUACCCAAGUCCUUUUCACCUUCCUCUUCAGUUAAUAUUGUCAACUCGGAUAACCAGCAUUAUCAACAAAACAAUAACAAUGAAGUUGAGCACAUAGCUGGUGCUACCAAUAACUCAUCAACAUUGGUAAACAAUAAAUAUGGAUCACCAAGCAAAGGACAAUUCGGACGAGGGUCUUCUGAUCCUGAUCUCUCGACAACUCCAACCAAACCGAGUAGUAGUCAUAGUAGUACUUGUGGUAGUAUCGGUAAACCCAAUAUUAAAUUCAUGAUUUCUCCGGAAAAUCUUCAUCUUCUUGAAUAUCCAUUUAUUACUAUGCGACAAUUUCCUCCUGGAUUCAUUGCUAACAUUGGUGGUACAGUUUCAUCUCGCUCAGUCAAAUUACUAGAUCACAUAAACUGUCCUGAGGAUCCAGAGACUCGAGAUGCUUGGUGGAUGGAAUUGAGAAAAGAGAUUAGAAGUCACUGCCGAAGUUUGACUUGUAAUGCAGUUUUAGGCUACUCGGAAGCAACUUAUAUUUGUGAUAAUGUUGUCAUACUAUCAGCAAGUGGAACAGCUGUUGUUUUAUCUCGUGGUGGUGAUCAUGCCCAAUUUAUCAAUUCGAAUCGAAGUUCCACUCAGGAUAAAGCGGGAAAAAUUGACCCUGAAAACAACUCAUCAUCAACUAAUCAAUCCACAGGAACUUCAACAACAGCACCUACAUCAACAUCUUCAGCGACUCUUUCAGCCAAUAAAGGAGAAGCAAACAAAUCAACACGAAAUCAUUCAACUUCAGACUAUCAACAAUCACCUUCAUUGCCACCAUCUUUAUCAUCAUCACCAAAUUGUAGUAUUUGUCACAUACCUUACCCUGAAUCAAGUGUACCGUUUCAUUCAUCUUUGUUAAAUUGUAGAAUUUGUAAGAAAGCCAAAGUUUCGGAUGUUCUGUUCAUGACUAUUGAACCUCCAAAUAACAUCCCCAUUGUGGGCCGAGGUUGUCUAAUCCAAGCUCGAGUUUGCCGUAAUAAGCGAGAUAGUAAAGGGGAACAAUGUGCCAAAGAGCUCAGUGAUAGUCUUCCUUUUCUUGAGCAUGAAUUACAUCGACAACUUUUAAGUAAAGUUAAAGUUAAAGGGAUGAAUGCAAUAUUCGGUCUAAAAGUACAAAUAUCAUUUGGAGAGAACAUGCUAAUUGCUUUGGCUACUGGAACUGCUGCUUAUGUAGGUGCCUUACCUCCUCCCGAUCCUCCACAAAUAUCAUCUGGUAAAGGAGUGAAAACUACUGAUUUGAACGCUAUCCAGAAGUUAAUUUUAGAAAGUAUGUCCAGAAAUCGUGAACAUUAUGGUUUAACAGACAUUCCAGUAGAGGAACGUGAACCUUCGGAAGGAGAAGAAGAGCGAAACGGAACAAAAGCUUCAGACAGCGAUAAUGAAGCAGAAUAUGUUGACAAUUAUUUGAAAAAAGUUAAAGAUCCGGUUCUUGAUCAAGUUUUGGGAAGUAAAGAUGGUUGUGUUGUCUUGGAGGUUGAUGAUACUGAAGAUGCAGACAUAAUAUCGCUGAUGAUUGACUCUGAUGUACCCAAAGGAUAUGAGAUUUGUAAUACUGAAACUAUGCCCGGUCUGUCUGGCUGUUUUUCCGGCGUUUUACAAACCUUUGCUCAAGUUCAUAGAGUCAAGCUGAUAGCUAUUAAACAAUUUGGUCAACAGUUUGAUUGGAUAAUCCAAGGACUUUUUGUAAAACUCCGUCGCCUUGUACCUUGUUGCCUGACUGAUAUUAAAUUUCACGUUGAUUUACCUGAACAAGAUUUAGUACAAGUUACUGUUCUUGGUAGUGCUAUUGGAAUUGUCGGAUCAUCCUCUCUUGGUCCCAUUGGAAAAGGAAACCUUUACUUACCUGCGUCAUCAACAUAUCGAAGACGACGAACUCUUUCUGCAAAUGAUAGCUGUGAUGAAUUGUUAUUCACAAUGGAUGAAGAUCAUGGUCCAAAUCCAGAUGAAAUUGAUGAUAUGAAAAAGGAAAAUUUUAUUCCUUCUGAAACAAUAUCUGAAUCAAAUGGAAUUGAAUUAACACCAUUAAGUUAUGUUCCUGGGUCUCAUAUUCAAAAAUAUUUAGGAAAUUUAGAUUUCUUUUUUAUUCGUGAAACCACUAGUAUUCGUGAAAGCGGCGGUCUUAACGGUUUUAUUCAUAGUUUUCUAAGCGAAGUAUUUGCAAUUGUUCGAGCUCAUGUGGCAAGUCUGAGUGGUAACGCCAUGGUUUCUCUUCAUCUAACCCAAUGUGUCCUCGUUCACAAUCCGCACAAGAAUCAGGCCCAAUGUUUAAUUAAUAUUGCUGGAGACGUUGUUUCAAUACAAAAUUGCUCAACUAAACCAAUUCCAGUAGGUCGAUAGUAAACCAUAUGGAUUAAAAAAACUAACCAACGACUUUCAAACUAUUUUAAUCUUACACCAAUAUUUGUAAUUAAAAAACACUGUAAAGUUGAGAAGAAAUGUUGAUCAUAACUUAAAACAAUAUUAGCUAGUCGCAUCGUUAUAAAUGAAGCUUUAAAUGCAAAUCUUUAAUGGAUGAAAAAUAUAGCCUUUACUCUGGGUAACAGACAUUCUGAAAAUAUAAUGUACUAUGAAUUUUCUUGCUGAUAAAGUAUGCAGAUUACGAACAACACAAAUACCAAAUGUAACUAGGAAUUAAAUCAUUAAAUAAUUAAAUUGUUUAUUAAUUUGUUCA